AAAAGUAAACAGCUGCGAACGACAACAUGCUCACUUUUAUGCCUUAUGUUCAUCGCAGCUGAAGAUGUUUAAGUUAACAAAGCUUGUAGCUCGAAAUGCUAAUGUGGGCAAUUUGCUGGCCACGCGCCACCUAUUACCUCGCUCGUUCGCCAGUGCACCAGCUCUGAAUGAGAAGGAAAUCACAGCAACAUCACAGCAGGCCGAUGAACCGAUUGAUAUACCGAACCCCUUUGAAAAAGACCCACAGCAGUGUAUAUUGUGUAAGCACAACAUAACACCUCACUAUAAGAACGUGAAGCUUCUGUCGCAGUUCCAAUCGUCCUACACGGGCCGCAUUUACGGACGCCAUAUAACCGGGUUAUGCAAGCAAAAGCAGGAGGAAGUGGAGAAAGCGAUUUUACGAGCCCAGCACUGCCUGCUAAUGCCGGGCUACCACAAGGACUUGGAAUUCCUUCAAGAUCCCAAGCUCUUUGAUCCUGAAAAGCCUGUACGGCCACAUAAAUAUUAAACGUUUUUUCGUUUUGUUUUGUUUG